GGCGUCCGGCUUCAUCAGACAGCAGCGCUGUACUGUAAACACACUGCGUCCAUUUUCAAACCCGCACGGAGAAACAUCAGACAUUAGAGUUAAACAUGGGGGCUGUACUCGGCCUUUGUUCGAUGGCCAGUUGGAUUCCUUGCCUUUGUGGCAGUGCUCCUUGCCUGCUGUGCUCAUGCUGUCCGAGUGGAAACAACUCCACCGUCACUCGGCUGAUCUAUGCCUUCUUCAUGCUGCUGGGCGUGGGGAUCGCCUGCAUCAUGCUCAUGCCCGGCAUGGAGGGCCACCUGAAGAAGAUUCCAGGCUUUUGUGAAGGAGGAACGGGCUCGUCCAUCCCGGGUGUCGAAGGUCACGUGAACUGUGACGUGCUGGUCGGCUAUAAAUCGGUGUAUCGCGUGUGCUUUGGAAUGGCUAUGUUCUUCUUGCUUUUCUCUCUCAUCAUGGUCAAGGUUAAGAGCAGCCAUGACCCGCGAGCCGCUGUGCAUAAUGGGUUUUGGUUUUUCAAGUUUGCAGCCGCCACUGCUAUAACUGUUGGAGCUUUCUUCAUUCCUGAAGGCCCCUUUACUACUGUCUGGUUUUACGUAGGCAUGUCUGGAGCGUUCUGUUUCAUCCUCAUCCAGCUGGUGCUCCUGAUCGACUUCGCUCACUCCUGGAACGAGUCCUGGGUGGAGAAGAUGGAGGAGGGAAAUUCUCGCUGCUGGUAUGCAGCACUUCUGUCUGCCACAGCCAUCAAUUACGCUCUGUCUCUGAUGUCGCUGGUUCUGUUUUAUGUGUAUUACACUCACUCUGAUGGCUGCACAGAGAACAAAGUCUUCAUAAGCAUCAACAUGCUGCUGUGUGUCGGGGCUUCUGUCUUGUCCAUCUUGCCUAAAAUCCAGGAGUCCCAGCCCAGGUCUGGUCUCUUGCAGUCCUCUAUUGUGACCUUGUACACCAUGUAUCUGACUUGGUCUGCCAUGUCCAAUGAGCCUGAUCGUAAAUGCAACCCCAGCUUGCUCGGCAUCAUUGGUCUGAACAGCACCACCCCCGCCGGUCAGGAUCGUGUUGUUCAGUGGUGGGAUGCCCAAGGCGUUGUGGGAUUGAUUUUGUUCCUGAUGUGUGUCCUGUACUCCAGUGUCCGCAACUCCAGCAACGCUCAAGUGAACAAGCUGACCCUCACCAGCGAUGAGUCCGCUCUGAUCGAGGACGGCCCUGCUCCUGAGAACUUCGAAGUGAGUGAUGGCACCAACCGUGCUGUUGACAACGAGAAGGAUGGAGUCACCUACAGCUACUCAUUCUUCCACUUUAUGCUGUUCCUGGCCUCAUUGUACAUCAUGAUGACACUUACCAACUGGUACAGCCCCGACUCCAACUAUGAGACCAUGACCAGCAAAUGGCCCUCAGUGUGGGUGAAGAUCACCUCCAGCUGGAUCUGCAUCUCUCUGUACGUGUGGACCCUGGUGGCCCCGCUGGUCCUCACCAACCGCGACUUCGACUAGGAAGGCCAUUGAAAGCAAAAGCUUGCCCGCACUAUCUUUGUGAAUAUCCACCUGUAUAGGAUAGCAGAGUUCUAAAUGUAAAUAUUGCUAGUGCUUCAUUCAUUCAACUAACAUCACAUGCGUUUUCUUUCAUCGUGCAUGUUGGUAGGUGUUUAUUUCUAGAUAGUGACCGAAAUGAAGGGAGCAGCUUGAGGUCCUGUGAUGCUCAUAUAUUCCUAAAGACUUUUGAGAGUGUAUUCUUCAACAUGAUGGUAUAUUCUAAAAGUGAUUGAUGAUCUCUGUAUGUUAAACGUAAACUUAACGUGUCCUUAAGUUAUUUGUGUAGUGACAGUGCAGGUUAAGUACUUCUCUAAGUAAGACUAAGUUUCCCAUAAAACGCACAAUAUUAGUAAGUGAUGAAUUGUAGAUUGUCAUGCUUCACGCUUCUUAAUUAUUUGCACCAAAAAAUGAUCAUGAGUGUAACAGUGCUAACCCUUUUGCUGCUUGCACAUUGUCAGUUGUGUGUUUUGUUUUUAAGCUCGUAGCAAAUCAGUGUUUGUGUUAAACAUUUUGCACUGAAUCUCUGAAAACCCUUGAUUUCUUGUUUUGCUAUCGUUACUCUUUUAGUCUUUGCAUGCCGAUAUUUCUUAAAGAUGCUCAUGUACUGAGUUGUUAUUAUUUCUUACCUUUUGACAAGUGCAUUGUUAUGGUCCUUCGUCUUAUUAAAGGUUUAAAACCAA